GGAGGGAGCCCAGCGUUUGCCAGAUACCGGACACGGGUGCAGCGUUAGCGUUUGACUGAAGGCUCGUAUCCUCACUGAUGGAACACGAGUGCCAGCCAAACACUAACGCAGCAGUCGUGUCCAAUCUGUGGCACACGCAGGCCUUCGUUCGACGACGUACAGAGUCCUGCACUGGGGCCUUGUCCUCUAGGGGGUGUUCUAUUCGCGGUGGGGUUGGAGAGAGGGAGAGAGAAACAGAUAGGAGCAAUCUCUCCCUGUACGUGCUGCAAACAAGACCGAGAAGCUUAGGAUGUGAUAAAGCCACGGAGUAACUGAUAAGUGCACCCUUCCAAGCACAGCCUUGCCUUCAGCUAGAGUCGUUUUGUGUGGUGGGGCGGCUGUGCAGAACGGAAGCCAUGUGUUGCAUCUCGAUACUGCUGACGCUCGCGCUCGUAGCCGUGUUGGCGGUUGCCUGGUAUUGGUUUCGAUACUGGGCCGACGCCUGCUGGAGCCUCGUUUGGGCAGAACGUUUCGGCGCAUCUCCCGCCAACUUGAGACGACAGGUGGCCUGGAUUACCGGAGCAGGCAGCGGAGUGGGCAGAGCCGUCGCCAUGGAGUUGGCGUCCAAUGGGGUCAGGCUGGUGCUCUCGGACAUUGACACCAAGGCCAUUGAAGACGUCAAGUACACAAUCAUCGCGCAGGAUUUGCUGCCGGAGAAGGACAUCUUGGUCCUGCCCCUGGACGUGACGGCAUUCGAGUCUCACCGCGGCGCCUUCGACUCCGUCCUGGAGAAAUUUGGCCGUCUGGACAUCUUGGUGAACAGUGCGGGAAGAUCCCAGUCUGCGAAGUUCCAAGACAUUGAGAUGGAGGUACACAAGGCGAUGUUCAACCUGAAUGUGUUCAGCCAUGUGAACCUGACCAAGACGGUGGUUCCACACUGGUUGGAGAGGAGAACGGGUCACGUGGUGGUGCUCAGUAGCUGUGCGAGCAAGAUUGCUCUGCCGGACUCUGCGACCUACAAUGCCACAAAAGCAGCUCUGCAUGGCUAUUUCGAAUGCCUCUGGUCUGAAGUCUUCGACAAGGGAAUCAACGUCACCAUGGUCUGUCCCGGCCCAGUUGCCACACCCAUUAGGCAGAACUGUUUCAGUGGCACCCUGGACAAGACCGAGUGCUUCAAACCUUCCGCCAAUCAGCGCAAGAUGACCGCUGCUCGGGCAGGUCAGCUGAUCGUCACCGCUAUCGCCAAUAAGCUGGACGAGAUCUGGAUUGGCCCGCAGCCAUUCGUCCUCUACAUGUACCUGGCGCAGUACUUUCCAACAAUUUACAGAAAAUAUGUUGUGCCAUCCAUCUUCCAGAAAGAACACAUCGCAAGGCUUCGCGACAAUUAGAACGUUAGACAAAUUAAUGUCAUCUUUAAAAUGUGAAAUAUUUUUCUAAACCCGGCUUCCUUUCAUGAAAUUAUGCCAGCCUCCAUCGGAAAGGCAAAAGAAACGACAUAGCUUGCGGCUUGAUUCAGUCAAAGCGGUUUUGAAUAUUUUUGCAAAUGUAUUUUUUUCGGAAUUAUUAUAUGUGUGUAAACGGCGCAAGAGAGCGCUUAAGAAUACAAAUAAUGCUGUUGUCGCAAUCAUUGCUUUGAACGUCGUACCCGAAAUAAAGUACUAUCGACAUUUA